AACACUCCUUUGUCAUUGAAGUCAAGCGAAGCGACUGGCUGCCUGCAGGCGUCGUGUGCUCUCGUGUAUCAACGCUGUUAACAAGACAACCACAGAGGACAUCAAGCAGGGAGGAUCAGGAUGAGGACCUUUUCCAUGCUUGUGCUGGCUUUAGUCACAUCAGCAGUGGCCUCACAGAGAGGACACAACAUCCAGCGUGACAAGCGGGACAUUUUGGUCCGUUCCAAAAGAAGGUGGGUUUUGACUACAAUUGAAUUAGUUGAGGAAGACCCAGGGCCUUAUCCGAAACUCGUAUCUCAGAUAUUCAAUGACAAGACAUAUCAACACAAUAAUCACAAAUAUAUUAUAAGAGGAAUGGGCGUGGACAAGGAGCCACUGGGCAUCUUCUCUCUUGAUGAAGGAAAUGGGAAGAUCUACGCCCAUAAACCCAUCGAUAGAGAGACGCACAGCUUCUUCCACAUCAAGUUUGACAUUUUGGACAAACAAACAGGAAGAGCAAUCGACAGAGAAUUAGCAUUUGAUGUUGCCAUAAAAGACAUCAAUGACAAUGCACCAAAAUUUCUUCUUCCCCAAAUGAGCGCUGAUGUCAGGGAGGACACAGUCGAGGGCUACCUGCCAAUUAGGAUAGAGGUGAUUGACCCUGAUCAAGAGGACAGCCCAAACUCGACAGUUACCCUGAGUGUGGUAUCUCAGUCACCGCAGGUUCCGAAAAUUGACUUAGACCAGAUUGAUCCCCGAAUGGCUCAACUUACACUUAAAGGGUGUUUUGACUAUGAUAAGUUCAAAAAAUAUGAAAUAACGCUUCAAGCAAAAGAUCAUGGAAAACCCUCCCUAUCGUCAACCGCUGUUGUCACUCUCAAUAUUAUCGACACCAACAGUCAUCCACCAAUUUUCAAAGCAAGGAAGUAUCAGGGUGAAAUUCCAGAAAUGGUGACAAGGGAGAAUGUUUUAAGGCUUGCGAUAGAGGACAAAGACACUCCAAAUACCCCCGGCUGGCGAGCCAAAUACUUCAUCAUCAAAGGAAAUGAGGAAGACAAUUACAAAAUUGAAACUGACCCUGACACUAAUGAGGGUGUUCUGAGUGUCGUCAAGGGGAAAGAUUUCGAGGAAUCAGCUUUUAUAAACCUUCAGAUUGGAGUUGAGAAUGAGGAGCCUUUAUUUGCAUGUAAAGAUGCAGCACCCAAGAUCAAAGGCAUCUCUGAUUCAAUUAACGUCACAAUCAAAGUGAUUGAUGUCAACGACCCACCUCAGUUUCACAAAGAGUCGGUUGACAUCUAUGAGAAGGAAGAGGAGGAGCCAGGAAAGUUGCUAUACACUCCAAAGGUUCAUGACGUUGAUUCGGAUGUUUCCAAAAUUAGUUUUGUCUUGUUAGAUGAUCCUGCUGAUUGGGUGAGCGUUGAUAAAAAAACAGGACAUCUCAGAACCACUGGGAAGAUGGACAGAGAGUCACCCUUUGUUCAUGAUAACAUUUACAAAAUAGUGAUUGCUGCAGUCGAUGAUGGUAAGCCUCCAGCCUCAGGCACGAGUAGCAUCUUGGUUCACCUUCUGGAUAUUAAUGAUAACAAGCCAAAGCUGAGAUAUAAUAGUGUCACAAUGUGUGGAAACAAAGUCAUGCUUGCUGCAAAAGAUCUGGACUUGCAUCCUUACGGCGGGCCCUACACAGUCUCACUAAAGAGUGAUGACGCAACCCAAUUGCAGCGAUGGAAAGUGGACCCUACCACAGGUGAGGAGGUUGGGCUAGUUAGCCUGAAGACACUUGCCUACGGCAAUUACUCAGUGCCCCUCGUGAUCGAAGACCAACAGGGCUUAAGCGGAGAGGAUACAGUCAUCGUAAGUGUGUGUGACUGCGAAGGAGGAAACGUGUGUCGCCAUAAGCAGCCGCUCUCAACAAGUCUGGGACCAGCCGGCAUUGGACUGAUUCUUGCAGCACUGCUCUUAUUUUUAUUAAUCUUCUUCAUCUUGGUGUGCGAAUGUGGGAAACAGUUCAAGCACUUAUCCGAGGUCCAACAAGAUGAGGGUCAACAGACCCUAAUCAAGUAUAACCAAGAAGCAGGAGGCGCAGAAUGCAAGACGGUGCCACCUUUGCUGCUGACACAUUCAAAGGAGUUAGAUACAACUGUGACAAAUGGGCUGAAGCAGAGAACGAUGCAGAUGGCUAAGGUGGCUCCAGUAAUGAUUGAAGAAUUGGAUACUUACAACUCAGGGAUGGUGAGUAACAAGUAUUCUGCAUGGUCUGCAAACAUGAACGCAUAUCAGGGGGGCUCGUUGAGGUAUCAGCAGGCAAGCAGCUUGUUGACCAAUCGCAACAUUUCAGAUCACCUCAACAGGAGACUGCAUGAGAUUGACGGAAACCCUGUGGACCACCCAGAGUACCAACCACAUAAGUACAUGUACGAGGAAGAAGAGAGCGGGUGUCAGUCACUGGAGGAACUGUCCUUUAGCGUCUGUGGAGAAGAUUUCCAGUUUAUGAAUGAUUUGGGACCAAAGUUUAAGCACUUUGGCAGCAUCUGCAACCAGCUCAUGCAGGAAAAAGGCACACACGUUUAAAAAGGGCAACACUGGAUAUUGACUGUAUUUGUUUCAAACGAUUAUUGGCAGCGUGGUCCAAUCGCAAUGUUGCUGCCUGGGGGGCAGAUGAUGUCACGGGGAGUGCUGGGAAGCUGGGUGCCGGUCGCUGUCAACAUUGUUUUGCUGUACGUUUUUCCAAACAAGGGACCACCCAUAAAAUUUCUUUGA